AUGUCUUCGCUUCAUGACAUUGUAAUAGAAAACGGAUAUUCGACUUUCUCAAAUGAGGAUUCGUUGCCGAAAUUGCCACUUCCAAAGUUAGAGACUACUUUGACUAGGUUGGCGGAAGGGCUAAAGCCCUUUCAGUAUGCUGACAGUAAUUACCAACAUCCCUUAGAUCCUGUGAAAACGUCAGAGUUGGCGUUAGCCAUAGACAACUUUCUAAAUUCUACAGCCGCAAAGAAACUGCAGGCCAAAUUGGAGGAAUUUCAUCGGAGCAGUGCUUGUUAUUUGGAUAAGUUGCACUUUGACAUUAACAAUCAUAUGGCUGAGAAGGAGUUAUCACAAGAUAUCCUUCCAAGAAAUCCGUUCCUCAUACUAGCGGAUGACACUAUUGAUGAUGUGGCACAAGAAGCCCGUGCAGGUGUUUUAUGCUUUUCCGCGUUAAGAUUUGUGUCUGCACUUAGAAGACGUGUGCUUUCACCAGAUUGCGGCAAUGAUGGCGAGCCACGUUCUAUGACCCCGUACAUGAAUCUAUUUGGCACUACCAGAUGCCCUGUUUUUGAAAGUGGUGAGGUGGAGUCAUUUGAUCUGAAUAAACCAUACUCGGAAAGUGAUGUUGACGCAGAAUCAAAGCUUAACAGAGACUUGGAGACUUUGUAUGACCCAGAUGCAACCCGAACGCCUACGGCAGGAUCUGAUGAUAUCGAUGAGCAAUUUAAUCGUCAUGGUAUUAAUAUGAAACAGUAUCCUGAAUCUAGACAUGUCCUUAUAAUAUCCAGGGGUCAGUAUUAUACACUUGAAGUAUUAGAUGAGAAGUUUCACUUACUGUACAAUCAUAGUGAUCUUUCUGAUAUAUUUUUAGCGGUACUGGAUGAUUCUAAGAAAUCGUAUGGUUUAGAAAGGUCUACAGCCCUUGGAAGCCUAACAUCAUAUUCUUUUAAGAACUGGAAGUAUGCUAGGAAAAGAUUACAAAAAAGAUUUCCCAAUGAACUGGAAAUGAUCGAUUCCGCGUUAUUUGUUAUUGUAUUGGAUGAAUCUGAUAACAAAGAUGACUGGAAGAACUCAUUUGCAAAAAGGAUCUUCUAUGGAACUAGCGUUAUUGAUGAUGCAACAGGGUUGCAGGUAGGUUCUUGCAAAAGCCGCUGGUAUGAUAAGCUACAACUGGUAAUCACUGCAGAUGCUAAAGCGGGCAUCAUUUGGGAUUCUUUUACAUGUGAUGGUUCAAUAAUAUUGAGGUUUGCCUCUGAUAUUUAUGCUGAGUCAGUUUUAAGGCUAGCAAUAGAUGUUCAUGAUGCAGACCCCAAGUUUUCGCUUUGGCCCAAGGUCGAAGUUCAUCGGAUUUUAAGGGAUGAUGAACCUAAUGACAAAUAUUUAAAGAAAAUUGAAUGGUCGUUCAGCAAUGUUCUAAACACUCAUGUGCAUCUUUCAGAAACCAAGCUAACAGAUAUCAUUUCUAAGCACGACAUUAUAACGUACAGGAUUCCAUUUGGACGUCGCACUGCUCAAAAGUUGGGCGUUAGAGCUGACUCAAUGAUACAAGUUGCUUUACAAAUAGCGCACUAUGCUCUGUAUGGUAAAAUCAUUUUCAGCCUGGAGCCAAUUUCCAUUAGAGCAUUUAAAAAUUCGAAGUCAACAUUCAUUCUCGUCCAAUCGUCUGAGCUUUUGGAACUUUGUCAGCAAUUUAUCUCCAAUUCCUUGACAGAAUUGGAAAAGUUCGAGAAGUUUCUACAUGCAUGCCAGGUUCACAGUUUGUCUAUUGUUGAAGCACAGGACGGUUUAGCGAUUGAGAAGCACUGUUAUGCUUUGCGUCAUCUUUUUAAAUUCAACCGUCAUUUUGGAGUGAAUUUGACUCCUGAAGAAGUGAAAUGCGCUUCUGCACUAUUUGAUUGUGUAAUACUGGAACGUAUUUAUUCACCAGAACUAAUUGCGUCGAAUUGUGGCAAUAUUGCAAUGUCGACAUUUGGUGUCACACCCGCUGUACCUUACGGUUUUGGAAUCGGGUACAUUGUAAAGCAUGAUCAAACCGAUAUAACCGUGACAUCUCAAUAUAGACAAGGAACAAGGUUCAUGUUCAUGUUAGAAUGGGUUCUAACUGAAAUAUAUGAAUAUUGGAAACUAGCCCGAGAUUCUAAUGGAGGAGAAGGUAUCAAGAUCAGUCCAGCAGUGGAUAUGCUAUACGAAUUGGAUGACGCCAUGAAUUCUUCAAAGCACCCCUCUAAUCCGACAAAGCCUAACUUUGCCUCCGGCGGUGGAUAUGGGUUAUUCGACUUAAAAGGUCAUAUAGAAUCAAGAAGUAGUGCUUCCUCUACGCCAAUCACCAGAGCAGCUUCCCCACUGAAUAUUGCUGACCUAUUGACGACAUUAUCUUUACAUAAGGUCAACAUUUCUCUUUCCACAAGCGAUGAGAAGCUUACGACUGGAUGCGAGAUAAAAAAGCUAGAUCCACCUAGUUCCAGCUCUCGGGUGGAAGGCAAUGAUACUGAGCCUGCUCCAAGGAAGUCUAAUGUAAUCAAUUCGAGGUUUAUCAUCAAUUUUAAUCGUUCAAGUUGCGGCCGUAAAAUUGAUACCAUUGACUAA